UGGCAGUAGGGGCGGCGGCAGUGGCAGCGGCUGCGGUGGUGGUGGCGGGGGGGAGGGGCCGGGCGGGGGGCUGGCGGCAGCGGCGGAUGGACUCGCGGGUAUCGGAGCUGUUCGGCGGCUGCUGCCGGCCCGGAGGGGGCCCGGCCGUGGGCGGAACCCUCAAGGCUAGGGGCGCCGGCGGCGGCAGCAGUGGCUGCGGGGGCCCGAAGGGGAAGAAGAAGAACGGAAGGAACAGAGGGGCCAAAGCCAACAAUCCUCCGUACCUGCCCCCCGAGGCUGAAGAUGGAAACAUCGAAUAUAAACUGAAGCUGGUGAAUCCAUCCCAGUACCGCUUUGAGCACCUGGUGACACAGAUGAAGUGGCGGCUCCAGGAGGGCCGCGGUGAGGCUGUCUACCAGAUUGGGGUAGAGGACAAUGGGCUGCUGGUGGGGCUGGCUGAGGAGGAGAUGCGGGCCUCCCUCAAGACCCUGCACCGGAUGGCAGAGAAGGUUGGGGCAGACAUCACUGUUCUCCGGGAGCGAGAAGUAGAUUAUGACAGCGACGUGCCCCGGAAGAUCACUGAGGUGCUGGUGCGAAAGGUCCCUGACAACCAACAGUUCUUAGACCUCCGUGUGGCCGUCCUGGGGAAUGUGGACUCAGGGAAGUCGACUCUGCUUGGAGUCCUGACCCAGGGAGAGCUGGACAAUGGGCGGGGCCGGGCUCGACUCAACCUUUUCCGCCACCUGCAUGAGAUUCAGUCUGGCCGAACCUCCAGCAUCAGCUUCGAGAUCCUGGGCUUUAACAGCAAGGGAGAGGUGGUGAAUUACAGUGACUCACGGACCGCAGAAGAGAUCUGUGAGAGCAGCUCCAAGAUGAUCACCUUCAUCGACCUGGCAGGCCACCACAAGUACCUACACACCACCAUCUUUGGCCUCACCUCAUACUGUCCCGACUGUGCCCUGCUCCUCGUCAGUGCUAACACUGGGAUUGCCGGCACCACAAGGGAACAUCUGGGGCUGGCCCUGGCCCUGAAAGUGCCCUUCUUCAUCGUGGUCAGCAAGGUGGACCUGUGUGCCAAGACCACAGUGGAGAGGACGGUACGGCAGCUAGAGCGGGUCCUCAAGCAGCCUGGCUGCCACAAGGUCCCCAUGCUGGUCACCUCCGAGGAUGAUGCUGUCACUGCUGCCCAGCAGUUUGCCCAGUCCCCCAAUGUCACCCCUAUCUUCACACUGUCCAGCGUGUCUGGAGAGAGUCUGGACCUACUCAAAGUCUUUCUGAAUAUUCUGCCGCCACUCACCAAUAGCAAAGAGCAGGAGGAACUCAUGCAGCAGCUCACAGAGUUCCAGGUGGAUGAAAUCUACACAGUACCAGAGGUGGGGACAGUUGUUGGAGGGACACUUUCCAGUGGGAUUUGCCGUGAGGGGGACCAGCUGGUGGUGGGCCCCACGGAUGAUGGCUGCUUCCUGGAGCUGAGAGUAUGCAGCAUCCAGCGCAACCGCUCUGCCUGUCGUGUGCUUCGAGCUGGUCAGGCUGCCACAUUGGCCCUCGGGGAAUUUGACCGUGCACUCCUUCGCAAGGGCAUGGUGAUGGUGAGCCCUGAGAUGAAUCCCACCAUCUGCUCAGUGUUCGAGGCAGAAAUAGUCCUGCUGUUCCACGCCACCACCUUCCGGCGAGGCUUCCAGGUGACAGUACACGUGGGCAACGUACGUCAGACGGCAGUGGUGGAAAAGAUCCAUGCCAAGGACAAGCUGCGGACAGGGGAGAAGGCAGUGGUACGUUUCCGUUUCCUGAAACACCCAGAGUACCUGAAGGUGGGUGCCAAGCUGCUGUUCCGGGAGGGUGUCACCAAGGGCAUCGGCCAUGUCACUGAUGUGCAAGCCAUUGCAGCAGGAGAGGCCCAGGCCAACAUGGGCUUCUGAACUCCUCCAGGCAGGCACAGCUCUAUUGCUGUCCCUACAAUACAUAAGGUGACUUCCGGCUGCCCCAUGUUGGCGGCUCUGUGUAUUAAUAGGCUAGGGAGAGAGGGGUGCUCUCUGCCACUUGCUCCCUGCCACCUUUCUGGAGCAGUACCAAGCUUGGUGUGGCCAGGGAGGGGCAGUCCUGAGGGAGAAGACAGGAGAAUUCAGGGCAGUGUUCAGCGGCUUUGUCCACCUGGUUGGCUCAUCAACCCGUGCAACCCCAUGGCCUGUCCACUGGAAGGAGCUGACUGUUGCCACCUCGGCCCCACUGUCAGGACUGGGCAUGAUUCGCCAGUGUGGUCCCUGCACUUCAGGAAUUGUCACAACAACUGGGGGUGGUCCUCGAAAGCACUCCUUUUUCUAUACCUCUUCUCAAGGCCAUGUAAGUUGCCCAUCUCUACCUGACUGUGGACAAAAGACAUCUGCUCCUGGCCAUCUGGUGGCCCAGGGUCUGAAGAAAUGGCACAGCGACAGUUAGUGGCUGUGCUCCUACCCUGUGCUGAGACCUGAGGCCUAUUCUUCAGCUUUAUCUCUGUUCCCUUCUUCACUCAAGGGCCAUUUCCCCAGAUUGUCCUCUCAUAGGCCCCACAGGUGCUAUUUGUUGUGCUGGCCCAGGCGUGGGGCUGCCAAGCGAAGGCUCGGCAUACCGAAGGUCAGCUGCAUGUCAAUCAGUCUUGUCCUCCCCUUUGCAGUGAUCUGUUGGUUUUAAUGCUGGAUCAAACAGUAUGUUUUCCUUUCCCAAACUGGUGGUGGCUGGGGACCUGACCCACAGCUCCCCAUCCUGCCACCCUCACCCCACUUCCUGCUCCCCCGUAAGUCCUCUCUUGUUUUAGUAAUUUGCAGUGACCAUCCCUUUCCCUCUGUUGCAGGGAACCUGGAGGAAAGGGAAAGAUGUUGCCAUAUUUCUACUUUUUAGGGCAUGGACUCCCUCCUUUCCCUUUUUAGUGUCCUGGGUUCCCAUGGACUCAGGGAUUUGUUGGUUGAGGUUUCUCUGCAUAUAAAUAUACAUAUAUAUUUAAAUACACAUAUAUAUAUUGUACAGAAUAAAAAUGUUUUAUUGAA